AAAAAAAAGCUUUUCUGUCUUGACAUAUGCCUGAGGACAAGGCGAGGCUCCUGCAGCUCGUGGUCCAGCCGAGGUGUCUGUGCAUUUACCUGCCCCCCUGAACACUCUCCAGGGAUCCCUGACCUCCCCCUGCCUUGGUGCCGAAGGUUUGGGGUCUGGGAGCUCCCUCUGAAGCAGUGGGGUGGCAAAGGACCCCGGUCUGAGCGGGUCUCACCCGGGACCCCCGCUCCCCUCGGGGGUGUUGAGCACUCCCAGGGUGUUCUUCCCGACGCUGUCCCGCUGAUAACGUGUCUGACCUUGCAGCCCUGCCCGGGGGGAGGCUGUGCUCGUGUCCUUGGUGCCGUGAGCCGCUGGCACAGCCCGGGAGUGCCCGGCCCCCGCAGCCCCUCCCGACUGUCCCUGUCCCCACAGCUCCACAGCCCCUCCCGAGCUGUCCCUGUCCCCUCAGCCCCUCCGGACUGUCCCUGUCCCUGUGCCCGUUCCCGGGCCGGCCGUGCCAUGGCAGGGGGGCCGGUGGUGCCGAUGCUGUCGGUGGUGCCGAUGCUGUCGGUGCUGUCGGUGGUGCCGGCGGUGCCGGUGCUGUGGGUGCUGUUGGCAGCCGGGGCGGUGCUGCCGGCCAGGGACCCGCUGCUGAACAUCUGCAUGGACGCCAAGCACCACAAAAGCGAGCCCGGCCCCGAGGGGAAGCUGCACGACCAGUGUUCUCCCUGGAAGGACAAUGCCUGCUGCACAGCCAACACCAGUUCAGAGGCCCACAAGGACGAAUCCAACCUGUACAACUUCAACUGGAACCACUGUGGAGUGAUGCCACCCAAGUGCAAGCGCCACUUCAUCCAGGACACGUGUUUGUACGAGUGUUCCCCCAACCUGGGGCCCUGGAUCAACCAGGCUGACAGCAGCUGGCGUCGGGAGAGGAUUCUGCACGUGCCCCUGUGCCAGGAGGACUGCGAGCAGUGGUGGGAGGACUGCAGGGACGCCGUCACCUGCAAGGAGAACUGGCACAAGGGCUGGAACUGGGCAACAGGAAGGAACCGCUGUCCCUGGGGCUCCCUGUGCAGACCCUUCAGCGAGGUCUUCCCCCGGCCCAAGGAGCUGUGUGAGAAGGUCUGGUCCCACUCGUACAGAUACACCACGGCGCGCCGGGGCAGCGGCCGCUGCAUCCAGAUGUGGUUUGACCCUGCCCAGGGGAACCCCAACGUGGCUGUGGCCAAGUACUACUCCUGGAAAAAGAGAUCCUCCCCUGCUGGGCUGGAGGACGUGGCUCCUGACAGUGACCACGCUGUGUGUGCUCUGCCGUGGUCUGUCCUGGUCCUGCUGCCUCUGGCCCUCGUGCUGCUGCCUGAGGCAGCCAGGGGCUGGGGAUCCCAUGGAUGGGGGGCCCUGUGACUCUUUCCUAAAGGGACAUGGCCUGGACUGCUCUGAGGAGCUGGCACAGCUAACUGGGGUCUGUCUGUCCCAGCUGGUCACACACCCCAGUGAGUGCUCAGUGUGAGCAGCUUCCAGCUGACCAGGGCAGGGGUUUCCUUGCCAUCCUGGGAAAGGCAAAGCAAUCUCUGCCCUGAUGUAGGAGCUCCUGCACAUCUGUUCCCACCCCACGGCUGUGCUGGGCUGGCUGAGCUCUGGUGUCAGGUCCUUUGGGCUGUGGGGACUCCCUGAAGGGUGGGGUUGAUAAUAAAGUUGUGCUCUGGCCCA